GCUGGGGGCGGAGGGCGGCUCCGCGCGAACUGCCCGCAGCUCUGCGCGAAGUGCCCGAGGCGCCCGCUCCUGCACGCCCUGGGCCGGCCCCGCAGGUGCCAUGACUCAGCAGCCCCAGGACGGCUUCGACAGGAGCGUGGAGGACGCCCAGGAGUGGAUGAAGGCCGUGCAGGACCGGCUGCAGGCCAACGACGACACCCAGGGGCCCCGUGCCGCCCUGGAGGCCAGGCUGCUGGAGACCGAGAAAAUAUGCCGGCUGGAACCGGAGGGGCGCCUGAAGGUGGACCUGGCGCUGCAGGCGGCCCAGGCGCUGUUGGCCUGCUGCCCCGAGGACCAGAAGCCCGAGAUCCUGGCCCAGCUGAGGGACAUCAAGGCCCAGUGGGAGGAGACGGUCACCUACAUGACCCACUGUCACAGCCGCAUCGAGUGGGUGUGGCUGCACUGGAGUGAAUACCUCCUGGCCCAAGACGAGUUCUACCGCUGGUUCCAGAAGAUGACGGUGGUGCUGGAGCCCCCCGUGGAGAUGCAGCUGGGCCUCAAGGAGAAGCAGUGGCAGCUGAGCCACGCCCAGGUGCUGCUGAGCAACGUGGACAGCCAGGCCGUGCUCCUGGACCGGCUGCUGGAGGAGGCGGCCUCGCUGUUCAACAGGAUCGGGGACCCCAGCGUGGACGAGGACGCCCAGAAGAGGAUGAAGGCCAAGUACGAUGCCGUGAAAGCCAAGGCCCAGGACAGAGUGGGCCUGCUGGAGCAGGUGACGCGGGAGCACGAGCGUUACCAGGCCGGCGUGGACGAGUUCCAGCUGUGGCUGCAGGCGGUGGUGGAGAAGGUGCAGGGCUGCGUGGGGCGGAGCUGCCAGCUGGCCGACGAGCUCCGGCUCUCCGAGCUGCAGGGCAUCGCCGACGAUCUCCUCAGGGGUGAGGAGUCUCUGAAGAGGCUGGAGGAGCAGGCCGUGGGGGUCAUCCAAAACACCUCUCCCCUGGGCGCGGAGAAGAUCACCAAGGAGCUGGAGAAGAUGCGGGAAGUCCUGGAGAAGCUGCGAGCCCUCCGGGGGGAGGAGGAGGAACAGCUGCGGGGCCUGCUCCGGUCCAGGGGGGCCUUUGAGCGGCGGAGGAAGCUGCUGGAGGCCGAGCUGGGGGAGUUCAGGAAGGGCCUCCGGAGGCUGGCUGAGGACGGCCUGGAGCCCGCGGCCGGGGCGGGGACCGAGGACGAGCUGGUGGCCCGCUGGAGACGCUACUCGGCGACGCGGGCGGCGCUGGCCUCGGAGGAGCCCCGGGUGGACCGGCUGCAGGCCCAGCUGAAGGAGCUCAUGGUCUCCCCCCACGACCCGCAGCCGAUCCCCGACAGCGUCGUCGCUGCCAUCCAGGAGUUCCAGAGCAUGAAGGCGAAGAGCACCAGGCUGCGCAACGCCGCGGGGGUGGAGCUGUGGCAGCGUGUCCAGCGGCCUCUGCAGGAUCUGCAGCUGUGGCGGGACCUGGCCCAGAGGCUCCUGGACGUCACCGCCAGCCUGCCAGACCUGCCCUCCAUUCACACCUUCCUGCCCCAGAUCGAGGCAGCCCUGAUGGAGAGCUCCCGCCUGAAACAGCAGCUGACCGUGCUGCAGCUGAAGAAGGACCUGCUGGGCAGCGUCUGCGGCCAGGACAGGGCAGCGGCCCUCCUGGAGCAGGUGGCGGGCUCUGUGCGGGACAGGGACCUGCUGCACAACAGCCUUCUGCAGAGGAAGAGCAAACUGCAGAGCUUGCUGGCACAACACACGGACUUCAGGGCUGCUUUCGAGCCCCUGCAGGAGAAACUCUCGGGCCUGCAGGUCAGGGUCCGAGCCGAGGGCGGGCUUCAGCGGAACCUUCCUGCCAAACAGGCCCAGCUUUCCAGGUUGCAGGGGCUGCAGGAAGAGGGGCUGGACCUGGGGGUGCAGGUGGAGGCCGCCAGGCCUUUCAUCCAGGGGAACCCCGGCCACCAGCACAAAGUGGACCAGCUUUCCGCCGACUGCCAGGCCCUGCAGAGGUCUCUGGAGGGCCUCGUGGACCGGUGCCAGCGGGGCGUGCAGGAGCACUGCACCUUCAGCCACGAGCUGCUGGAGCUGUGGCAGUGGGUCACCAUGGUCACUCAGAAGCUGGAGGCGUACCUGGGGGACACCGGCCCGUGGGAUGCACAGUCCCGCGAGGCCGAAGUCGAGCGGCUGCUGGCGGAGUUCCCGGAGAAGGAGGCCCAGCUGGCCCUGACGGAAGCGCACGGCCGGCUGGUGAUGGCAAAGUCCUCUCGGGAAGGGGCGGCCGUGGUCCAGGAGGAGCUGGAGGCGCUGGCAGAGUCGUGGCGGGCCCUGCGGCUGCAGGAGGAAAGCCUGCGCAGCCUCAUCAGGAACCGGCAGCUGCAGAGGACGGAGGUGGACUCGGGGACGAAGAUGGUUUUCACCAACAACAUCCCGAAGACCGGGUUUCUCAUCACCCCCACGAAUCCCGUGUCCAUUUCCAGGCGUCACCGGCAGGCAGACCCCCUGCAGGACGCAGACGAUGGCCCCGGCCCUGCAGGGUACCCCGAGCUCCUGAGGAACUUCGCGCAGUGGCUGCAGGGGGAAAACGCCAAGCUGGUUAGAACCAUCGCGAUGAGGUCGGCCUCGGCCAAGGACGCGAGGACCAGAGAGAUGAGGCUGCAGGAGCUGGAGGCUCGGGUACCGGAAGGUCAGCAUCUCUUCGAGAACCUGCUUCGCCUUGGACCGGCGAGAGGGGCCUCGGAGGAGCUGGAGGAUCUGCGCUACCGGUGGAUGCUCUACAAGUCCAAGCUCAAGGACAGCAGCCAGCUGCUGACACGGAGUUCUCCGGGGCCGCCGACAGGAUUCCAGAAGGCCCAGCGCGGGCGCGGACCCUGCGCCCUGCUCCGGAAGGUGUGCUGCGUGGCGCUGCCCCUGCAGCUGCUGCUGCUCCUGCUCCUGCUGCUGCUGCUCCUGCUCCCGGUGGGCGAAGACAACCGCAGCUGCGCGCUGUCCAACAACUUCGCCCGCUCCUUCAUGCUCAUGCUCCGCUACCACGGCCCGCCCCCCACCUAGCCCGCGGGGGCCUGCAGGUGACUCUCUCCUCCCGCCUUCCAUCAGCCCUGGGCUCCUCCUGAGGACGCCGGGGACUCUGGGAACAGGGGCAGGCCAGGCGGCCGAGCGGCCCGGUGUAAAUACUGCAGCGAUGCCCCCGGCACAAAACUACCUUUUAUACAUUGUUGUCUUCGUCUAUUUAUACUAAACGCAUACUAUGUGCGACCAGGAA